AUGGCGCAGACUCAGACCACGAUGCCAAACGCUGCCAACAAGGACCGAGCUCGCUACGAAAUGCAGUUCUACAAGACCCGUGCGUGCUCUUUCUACGCAAAUGGCAAGUGCACCCGUGGCGCGAUGUGCAAGUACGCGCACGGAGAUACUGAGUUGCAGUCGAGGCCUGACCUCACCUUUACCUCCCUUUGCCGUGAGUUCUCAAUGACUGGAGCUUGCACGAAUCCAGCGUGUUCCUUCGCCCAUGACCCUUCAGAGCUUCGAGCCACUCACAAGUUCUUCAAGACUUCACUGUGCAAGUUCCACUUGCGGGGCCGCUGUCGCCUGGGAGAGGAGUGCCGCCAUGCCCAUGGAGAGGAUGAGCUGAUACCUUUGUCAAAAUCAGAGGCCAACGCGCCAACAGCACCGGUGUCACCCGCAUCACCAGGCAUGGCCUUUGACCCCACGUUUGCAGCCUCUUUGCUUCUCAGCGUUGCAGCUGCAGGAUCCAAGCUUGGACCGGUAUAUCGCUCACCUGCUGUGGAGACACCCAGCUAUGCACCAUGGCCUGAGUUGGAUUUCAGGGGUGUUUCCCAUCUUGAGCCAGCCCGAAUCCCUGGCUAUGACAAUGAGGAGCCACUUCCGACGGCUACUUUGGCUUCCUUUGCCACUCCAUCACUUGCCCCACCUGGACUGUUUGGCGUCUCAGGUGACGCCAAGGAAACCAAGUCAUUUUCCUCCUUUUCGACGGCAGCUGGGUACUCGAGCUUCUCUAGUGCGAGCAGCAUCUCAAGCCUUGAGGACGAGCCCUUGCAGGUGGAGUUGCCAGCUGACUGGAAGCUCUCGAUUUGA